UUCCUCAACCGUCAUCCACUUCCUUAUUAACCACUUCUCACCUGCGUGCCUUGGUAACCACGCGUUAUAGCUCGAGUGGAUAAAACCCAGUAGUGUAAUAGCGGAAAAAGAGAAACUGGGAGGAGUAACCAGCUGACGGUUGUCAACACGCACCCGUAAAUACACCUUUGGCAGCAUAACCCAGAACCCUCAUCACAAUGAAUAGGGCACGUGUAUUGUCACAUUUAUUGUCACGGGUACCACCAGGGUCUUCUGUAACAACAGUACAAGCUUGGCUUAUAGGUGGUGUACGAGGAAAAGCUUCAGCUCCACCCCCUCCGACAGCACUUGCUGCAGAACCUUUCCUAAAUGGCUCUUCUUCAAAUUAUGUAGAAGAAAUGUACACUGCUUGGCUUCAUGAUCCUAAAAGUGUACAUCAGUCGUGGGAUACAUUUUUCCGAAAUGCAUCUGCCGGUGCAAGUCCAGGAGAAGCAUACACAGCACCACCUUCACUAGCCGAUCCCUCACCGCAUCAUGUAUCCCUCGCAUCCAUAGCUCCAGCCAUGACGCCUGCACUUAGUGGUACACCGGUCACAGAUAAUAUUAUUGAUGACCACUUAGCAGUGCAAGGCAUUAUCAGAGCCUACCAGGCACGUGGUCAUUUGAUUGCUGCGUUGGAUCCUCUUGGCAUUGAUCGGGAAGCAUUAGCAGAACGGCCUCCAUCUACGUUGCCCAGCAGAGUUGUAGUGCGGAACUAUUAUGAGUCACUUGAUGAGUCUGAUAUGGACCGAUCAUUUAAGUUGCCCAUGUCAACUUUUGUUGGAGGGAGUGAGAAGACUCUUCCCUUGAAGGAGAUCAUCAAACGUCUAGAGGAUGCCUAUUGUCGCUCGAUAGGCGUUGAAUUCAUGUUCAUCAACUCCUUGGAACAGUGUAACUGGAUUCGUCAGAAGUUUGAAACUCCAGGAAUCAUGGCAAUGAAUCAACAAGAUAAGAGACUUCUGUUAGCAAGAUUAUCCAGAUCUCACGGGUUUGAAGGCUUUUUGGCUCGGAAGUUCUCAUCAGAAAAACGUUUUGGUCUUGAAGGCUGUGAAAUUUUGAUUCCUGCCAUGAAACAGGUGAUAGAUCGAUCAACUUCUCUGGGAGUUGAAAGUUUUGUGAUGGGUAUGCCACAUCGAGGACGAUUAAAUGUUCUGUCUAAUGUUUGUCGCAAGCCUCUUGAACACAUAUUCACCCAGUUUGCUGGUUUAGACACUGGUGAUGAGGGUUCUGGGGAUGUUAAAUAUCACUUGGGCACAUAUCAAGAGCGUUUGAAUCGUGUAACAAACAAGAACAUUCGGUUGGCCAUUGUUGCUAACCCAUCUCACCUGGAAGCUGUAAAUCCAGUUGUUCAAGGGAAGACGCGUGCUGAACAGUUCUACCAUGGUGACUCGGAAGGCAACAAGGUGCUGUCAAUUUUGCUCCACGGCGAUGCUGCAUUUUCGGGUCAGGGUAUUGUGUACGAGACUUUCCACUUGUCUGAAUUGCCGGAGUACACAACACACGGCACAAUCCACAUUGUUGUCAACAAUCAAAUUGGCUUCACCACUGACCCUCGAAUGUCUCGAUCCUCUCCAUAUUGCACAGAUGUUGCCCGUGUUGUGAAUGCUCCCAUUUUCCAUGUCAACGCUGAUGAUCCAGAGGCUGUUAUGCAUGUUUGUAAUGUGGCUUCAGACUGGCGUCACACUUUCCACAAGGAUGUUGUUAUUGAUUUGGUCUGCUACCGACGCAAUGGCCACAACGAGAUUGACGAGCCAAUGUUUACGCAGCCCCUGAUGUACAACAGAAUUAGAAAGCUUAAGCCAGUCCUUGAACUGUAUGCAGACAAACUUAUUAAAGAAGGUGUUGUAUCUGCAGAAGAAGUUAAGGAAGUUAAGGAUAAAUAUGAAAAGAUUCUUGAAGAGGCCUUCACAGCAGCAAAGGCAGAGACACGUGUCUUCAACAAGCACUGGAUUGACUCUCCAUGGUCAGGUUUCUUUGAGGGAAAAGAUCCACUGAAAGCCACUCCAACUGGUAUUCAUGAGGACACUAUUACUCAUAUUUGCAAACGGUUUUCAAGUGUACCACCAAAUGCCAGCGAUUUUGUAAUUCAUAGAGGUCUACAGCGCAUCUUAAGCAGUCGCAUGGAAAUGGUUCAGGCACGCACCGUGGACUGGGCAAUGGGUGAAGCCGUUGCAUUUGGAUCUCUACUAAAAGAUGGUGUCCAUGUGCGACUUUCUGGUCAGGAUGUAGAAAGAGGAACGUUCUCCCAUCGUCACCACAUUCUUCAUCAUCAAAAGAUGACAAAUGAUACUCCAGUUGACAAAUCAUAUUACAACGCUCUAGCAAAUAUGUACCCUGAUCAAGCCCCAUACACUGUUUGUAAUUCAUCACUGUCCGAGUAUGCAGUGUUGGGCUUUGAGCUGGGAUUCUCGAUGACCAAUCCUAAUGCCUUGGUGAUUUGGGAGGCUCAGUUUGGGGACUUCAACAACACUGCACAGUGCAUCAUUGACCAAUUUAUGGCCUCUGGACAAUCCAAAUGGAUUAGACAAACUGGUCUGGUCCUACAGCUACCUCAUGGCAUGGAAGGCAUGGGUCCUGAGCACUCGAGUGGCCGCAUUGAACGGUUCCUGCAGAUGACUUCUGAUGAUCCUGAUGUUCUUCCUGCCUUCUCAUCUGACUUUGCAAUUAGACAGUUGUCUGACAUUAACUGGAUAGUCGCCAACUGCUCUACUCCUGCCAACCUGUUCCACAUCCUUCGACGACAGAUUGCUCUUCCUUUCCGAAAGCCACUGAUUAUCAUGACCCCCAAAUCUCUUCUUAGACACCCAGAAGCCAGAUCUUCCUUCGAUGAAAUGGUGGAAGGAACUGAAUUCCAAAGAAUAAUCCCAGAGAAGGGCCCAGCAGCAAAGAAUGUAGCAGGUGUGAAACGACUAAUUUUCUGCUCUGGCAAAGUCUACUAUGACCUGAUUGCUGCUCGCAGGGAAGCUGGUAUUGAGGAUUCCAUUGCCAUUACUAGAGUGGAACAGAUUGCCCCAUUCCCAUAUGACUUGAUAAAGCAAGAAUGUGACAAGUAUCCAGAUGCUGAAUUGGUCUGGUCGCAGGAGGAGCACAAGAACAUGGGUCCCUGGUCUUACAUUCAACCACGCAUUGCUACUGCACUCAAUCAUGAGAGACAUAUUGCCAAAUGUGACAAGGUCGAGAAUGAUUCUAAGGACCACGAGUCUCAGUCUUGGUAUGAGUAUUGGUUUUGGCCAUUCUCAUCCUCAAGCCCAACAGACGUCCCCAUCCCACCUAAAAGAGAUACUCCAGUAGCCUCUGAGACCAGAGUGUUGAGGUAUGCAGGGCGUCCUGUCUCUGCAUCACCCGCUACUGGCAACAAGAAGACCCAUACACGCGAGGUAAAGCAGCUCUUGGAAGAUUCUCUCGCUCUCUGAAUUACCUGUAGCACUUACCUCGUCAAGUUAACAGUUCGGAAAUCUACAGUAAAACCUCUUUAAUUCACCGAAGUUAUUGCUAACGGUUUUAAAAAUAAUUGAUCUUUUUAAGUUUUUCUUUGCACCUUUUAACCUUUUUAAACAAAUUAUUGCUCAAAAACUUGAUCUUUACAUGGUGUGCAGCAGUUUAUAUUAAAUUGUUUAAUUAAAAGUCCGUCAUGUAAACAAGUCCUGCAAAAUAAAUGAUCUGCUCUAUAAGAAAAUCUUUUGAUAUUGUAUAUUCAGUAUUCAGUACAGUAUAUAUAUUGACAGUUAAAAAAAAGCUAUGCUUUCUAUAAUUUUCAAUAUACUAAAAUAAAAAGGUUCUACUGUAUUGGACAACUGUUAGUGGUAUACUUUCAAGUGUUAUGAUUAUGAAAAGACUGCAAAAUGACAUUGAAUUACAGUAUUUAUUAAUCAACUGUCACCUGGCAAGAAUUUAUUAGUUUUUAAUUUUUAGCUACAGUAUAGUAUUUUUCUAAAUUAAGAGAUGUGCAUCCCUCAAAAUAGGAUUGUGGAGGACUAAUUUGGCAGUAGGUAAGGGAUCCAGUUUUUACAGACAAUCUUGGUAAAUAACAUGGCACCACAAAGAAGAUACUACUUCACCAGGUGAAGAUUAAGUUAGUUUUUAUAUGGUUUGCAAAGACAUGAAACUUAUUCAGAAUUAAAUUUGCUGUAGGAAUGCAUUUUUAUGACUUAAACAUUUUGUAGAUAUAUAUAUAUAUAUAUAUAAUUUUUUUUUUUUAGUAUAUUAAAUGUGAUACCCUGUGCAGUAGUGUAAAUAUUUGAGUUAGAAAAUGUAACCUUGUCUCAUUCUUUGUCAAUACAAGUGGCAAAGUUAUAAUUCUUCUUUAAUUGGUAUUUCUUCACAUUGGGAAUGUACUAAUGACAUUGGAGGAUGUAGAUAUGCUUAUUACUUAUGAGAAGCCUGACAAUAGAUAUUGUUAGCCCCCCCUCCCCCCCUCCCCCCCUAGGUUUGUAGUGCGCCUUUGUUGGGUGGUAUCUUGGAGUGGUGUAAGGCUCUGGAUGAGUGAUUAGUGCACAGUGCCACAUGUAUCUUGAACAACUCUCAGGCUCAGGUAUAACCUAAAAUGGCAAGUUAUUCUCUAGCGCACUUACAUUUUAUGCCAGUCUCUCCCCAAAGGCUGUGUGUGUGUGUGUGUGUGUGUAUAUAUUUAUAUAUAUACAUGCAUAUAUAUUUGUACAUAUAGUUAUACUCAUGGUUAUUACAAUAAUUAUGAAUCUGUGACUAUCUCAAAGAAGGUGUCAUCACUGCUCCAUUGCUCCAUAUUAAUUAAGGUUGUUUGCUGUGGUUGGGAUACUGAUACAUGUAUGGCAGUCCAGACCGAGGAUGUGUAAUUUGAAUUCUGUUAUUUAUUGAAAAUAAAUGUUAAUAUUUGCUCCUAUGUCAAUAAUCAAUAUAUGUAAAUGUUACUUUUUGUUUUGAAAGUGCAGUAAUUUGAUGCACCUUAGCCGUUAGGUUUGUUCCAUGUACUUUAAGAGAUGUACAGUACUUUACAUAUUUAUUUUCUUUCUAAGCUAUUGCUUUGACACUAAGCAAUUGAGAAAACUGGUUUAUGAAUGGUGCUUUAAUGCUUUCUGAUGAGGAAAUUUUAAAUGGUUAUAAAACUAGAUAAGCUUAAGUGUCCCAUCACCUGAUUAUUUUGUACCUUUGUCAGGUUGGUUGAGACAUGGAACAAAAGUGAUCCUGUAUUCUCGGUUUUAUUCUGGAUUUUAAGUUUUUAAAGGAAGGGAAUCUGCCACUCUAUUUCUUAUUUCAUGAUCUGUUAGCUGCCCACAUUUGCUGCAGUAGCUUUCAUAAUGCUCAGCUGUGACUCAUAAGACUACCUAAUGUUGACUUAAUCAAUGCUCGAGUAGCCUAUGGCAAAACUUCUCGUUGUUCAUUACCAAUUAGAAAGGUGGUACCGUUUUUUGCAUGAAUAUCAUAAGAGGUUUUGUUGAACAAAUUUUUUUAUUGUAAAUUUCUAGAUAAGCUUGUUGCUUUGCUUGCUGAUUGAAAUAGCAUAGUAUUGAUCUUGGAUGAAAUUCUUGCUAUUUAUAUUUUGAAACUUUUGAGCAUGUUAGAUUAGUAGUAGUAGUGUGCUUAGUAGUAUUGAAGUAGUAGUAACAAAGUCAACAUAACUCACCUUUGUUAUUAGGUACAUAUUAUUUAAAUGAGUAACUAUUUUCAAAUAAACAAACACUGGGUUGUCAGGUGGACUAGUCAAAGAAGAAAUUAUCAUAAAUGUGGAAAUUUCCAAUUAUUGAUAAUGAAAUGGCAAAACAAGAAUGUCAAUUGUAAGGCUGUUUUGUAUUGUCACAAAAGCUAAUGCUUAGUAUAAAGUAUUCUAAUACAGUUUUUACAUCCUUUAAAAAUGUAAUCUAAACUCAAGGGACAGCAGUUUGAGAGGUGUAACUUCUCGGUCUCUUCUCUCAGCCUUGACCCCAUUACUCAACUCAUUGUAACUAAUGUUUUUAUAAGUUUUUAGUUUUACAUCAGUUUUUACAUCUGUGAAUUUUCUAUUUCUUUUAAAAUAAUCUUAGCCCAAGUCAUGGCUACUGAUUUAAAUUUUAACUAUUUUUGUAUUGGCCAGGAACUGUUUGAACAAUAAAUACAAUGGGUUUGACAAAUACCAUAAUUAUUUUUUAUAAAAUUACUUAAAAUGUUAUGGGAAGAGUAGAAGUUAUUAAAAAAAAAUUUGGUACUGUUGGUAGAACAUAGCGUAGCUUUGCUUUUUUAAUUGGUUUCUACUAAUUUCAUGUUUUGAGCACCAAGUGCCUGCUCACACUAGUGAGCGAGUAAAAAUGCAUUGCACAGUUUCUUUUAGUGCUUCUUGUUGCUGCUUUGCUUGCUGAGGGAAGCAGGAGUUUGUGACUCGGCUCUGUUCUUGGAGAAGGCAACUGCUACGUACUAUGCAUAAUAUCCUCGGUAUAUACUUUUUCACAAGUAGUGAAACCUUGCUUGAGAAAUAAGUGUGGAAGAGUGUAAAUAAGGAUUUUAUUUUUCAAGCACAGCUGUACAUGGAUCAAGUAAGAAAAUAUAUAAAGUAUGACUA